UAUAAUUAAAGAAAUAAGAGUAAUGUUGCUUUUGGAAUAAUCCACCAAUUUUUCUAAAUGAAACACUAUCUACAGAUUUACAUCGAAGCGUUUCUUAUGAUAGUGAUUUUAAUCACUGUCAGAUAUCAUCUAUACUUGUCUCAUCUAUGCCUCGUCCAUACUGUGCCUCGACCCAACUGUGCUACCGUUAUUUUUAUACCUAUAACUAGCGGUAUUAUAUUAAAAGUCGCACCCCCACGAACCACAACUGAAUGUAAUUUAUCAUUUAUAUUUCUCAUGUAUAUAUAUUUAUAUGUCAUGGUAUUUAUACUUUUGUUUGUAAGUAACUACAUAUUAAAUCAAUGGUACAUAUUAGGGAAUUCAUAGGGUUUUUUAACUAACAGAACGUGUCAUAAUAUAACACAUCCAAGAGAAUGUUUACCCCUAUUAUAUUAUACCUGAAUUUAUCUGAUCAGAUCAAACAAAACUUAAAAGAAAAUAUUCUUAAAAUUUCUGGUUUUAAAUUUGAAAGGUUUUGUUAUUUCACCAUAUAAACCAAAAAUAUUAAAAAUAAACAUCAGUUUUUUAUUAGUUAUUUUAAUCGUUUGUAUUCUUUCGCGUGCGUUAUAAAAAAGCAAACAUACUGUGAAACUCAACGAAUUAAAUAAUGGAUACUCUUAAAAGAGGAAAAAGUAAUAUUAAUUAUAUGUUUAUUUACUGUUAUUUACUUACUAUUAUUUACUGUUCAGUUUUCACAAUGAUAUUAUGCGAAUUGGAUAAAUCUUAUUCAAUACAUUUUUUUUUUAUUUGAGUAAACAUUGAACUUAUUCUUUUUUUGGCUUUAAUAUCAUAAAUAGUAUUUAAUUUUAUAUUUCUUUUUCAGAGAUGGUUUUGAAAUAUUUUUGUAAAGCUAUUACCUUUGUAACAAAGAAAAAAAGCAGUCAUUCUAAUGUUGAAAUGUAUGAAGAUUCUCUCAUUCGUAGUAUUGAUCAACUGGCCAAUUUCACACAAUAUCAUUCAGAUAAUUCAUCAAAAUCAAAAGUCCCAGAAAAUAUUGCUACUUUAGUAAUGGAUGGAGAAUGUGGAAAUAAUAGUAUUUUGAAUGAGCAAAUAGAUUCAGUAAAACAGUAUCAGCUGAAAGAAAAUGAAAAGUUCGACAACAGCAAAACUAUGUUGAAAGAAACUCCUAAUAGUGUUUAGGUGCCUUCUACGAUGAAGACUUUAACAGCAAACAUAUAUAAUGGCGACAAUAAAAUAUUAAAACGGAAUACUGUCAAAUCGUAUUAAAUGACAGAAGAACAUAUGCCUAGUUUUUCUUUUUAUCUUGCCACCAGUCUCUAAAAACUUUAAAACUAUUAAAAUCAUCCAAAAAAAUCCACAAAUAGAGUUAACAGCGAUGGUAAAAAAUUCAAUCAGAAAUCUAUUUCAGAAGACAGAAGAAAGCAUUUCUACUUUUUUUUUUAUCCCACCACCACCCUAUAUCGGAAUAUUGAAAUGUUGAUUUUUCAAUAGGCUCAACUAGAUAUAAAAACGUUAAAAUCCAAGAAAACCUAUGCAAUGUCACAUAUGUAAUAUAAAAAAAGUAUAUAUUUGUGUUACCUAAAACUAAAAACCAAUUGUCUGUACUAAAAAAAUGCAUGUACAAAGAAGGCUCACAACUUUCUUGACUUGAUAGAUAUUUUUUUUAGUUACAAUUUUGUUACCUAUAGGUGUAACUUUAUUUUUUACACUUUUUAAAAAAGUGUAGAUAUAAUCAUAAAAGUUGGCAAUAACAAAGUUUUUACUCAUUAUGUAGCAAAAAAAAAGUAUAAUGGAACAGUAAUAUGAAAAUACAUUCUUCUCAUUGUGAGUGUCCUAUGCGACUUAAAAAAGUCAUAUGUUUAUACACCGCAUUUAUAUAAUAAUAAUAAUUUGAGUAUUUACUAUUUACUAAUUAUUUUGCAUAUGUGCAUUUUUUUAUAACAAAUUUUAAUUAUUUAUUACUUAUGGUUUUAUUAUUAUAAAUAAAUAAUUUAAAUAUUUGUUAAUUUUCUUUUACAA